AUGGACAGCUUUGACACCCAGGAGAUGGCCGCGGCCCUCCCCGACACCGAGGAGCCAAAGAGCCGCAUGGAUGCUGCAGCAGCCGCUGUCGCUCGCGAAAAGGGCUGGGUUGAGCCGGAAAAGUACGACUACGCCAAGUACAACGCUCCUCCCGUUAGGCCUGUAGCUGAAGGUGCCCCCACUGAGGUCCAUGCUUUCGAAAGCGAUCUCGCCUGGGCCUCCGAUGCUCGCAGGUAUGAGUGGAAGGAGGAGUAUGGAGAUGUUGGUCCAGAAGACAAGGAACUCGAACAGCAGCUUUUCCGUGGCGAGUUCAUCAACCGUGCUGGAGUAAAGUUUGAGAACAUCAAGCAGAUCAAGGUGACUGCAGAGUCGACCGAGAGACCGGCACCAAUUGUCAACUUUGACGAUGCAGGUCUUCACCCGGUCGUGCUUAGCAAUGUUCGUCUCUGUGGCUACAAGGUCCCGACUCCCAUCCAAGCCUACUCGAUCCCAGCCGUCUUGAAGGGUCACGAUCUGAUUGCCGUUGCCCAGACUGGCUCUGGAAAAACAGCUGCUUUCUUCAUUCCUGUUUUAUCGAAGCUAAUGGGCAAGGCCAAGAAGCUAGCAGCUCCUCGACCAAGAAUUACUGGGCCGGAUUUUGAUUUUCGCACUCAUGGCGUCGUUGCCGAGCCUUUGGUUUUGGUAAUUGUGCCUACUCGCGAGCUGGCCUAUCAAAUCUUUGACGAGGCCCGUCGUCUAUGCUAUCGUUCAAUGCUGCGUCCAUGUGUUGUGUAUGGCGGUGGCCCAUCCAAGUCCCAAAUGGAUGAGCUUCGAAAGGGGUGUGAUAUCCUCAUCGGCACACCGGGACGUCUAAACGACUUCAUUGGGAAAAGCAACCUUCUGUCCUUGAAGCGUCUAAAGUACACAAUCAUCGACGAAGCUGAUGAACUUCUGCAUGCUGAUUGGGAACAAGAGUUUUCUAGCAUUCUCACCGGUGCUGACGCCAACGAGGAUGCCGAUCAUUGUUACAUGAUGUUCUCGGCAACAUUCAACAAGGAGUGCCGUCAACUUGCACGCAAGUAUCUUGCUGCUGACCAUGUCCGCAUCCGCAUUGGCCGCGCAGGAAGCACACAUAUCAACAUCCAGCAGCAAAUUGUCUACGUCAAUUUCGAGUUGAAGAAAAAGUGCCUCUAUGAUUUGCUUCUGUCGAUGCCGCCUGCUCGUACCUUGAUCUUUGUCAACACAAAGCUCGAAGCAGAUUUGGUGGACGACUUUCUAUACAACAAGGGGCUCCCUAGUACCUCGAUCCACAGUGAUCGUACUCAGCGUGAGCGUGAGGAUGCUAUUCGGGCUUUUCGUACUGCUGAGGCGCCACUACUCGUUGCUACGGCUGUUUCGGCACGUGGUCUCGACGUGAAAAACGUCAUGCACGUUAUCAAUUACGACCUUCCUAGUGCAGACCAUGGGGGCAUCAGCGAAUACGUUCACCGCAUCGGUCGCACUGCACGCAUUGGUAACGAAGGCUUUGCCACAUCGUUGUACACCGACAAGAACAGUGACAUUGCCCCUGACCUGGUCAAACUCCUCAUGGAGGCUAAGCAAGAGAUUCCAGACUUUCUCGAGGAAUUCAAGCCUGAGGGAGAUCUUGAGUUCCGUGACGACGAUACCGACACCGAGGGCGAAGAUGAGAUGGGCAAUGCAAAGGCUGAGAACGGUUCUGCUUCUGGAGAGCCAGCCAAGGCUGAUCAGGGACAGGGUGGCUGGGGCGGCGCAGACGACUGCUAUUAUCUUUCUACUGUCACCAUGGCUUCUCCCUUCUGGUUUGCCCUCUUGCUGUGUGCAUCGGCAGUGCGAGGGAUGAUGCCGAAUCGCGUGGAACAGGGCGACCUGGUUAUCGACACGUUCGACAGCAGCCCCUUCAACGACCUCGGAUUCUGGCACGGCGCCGGCGAGAAUCUCAGAAUCAGGUAUUCCUACGACGACGAGGGCAGUUUCGUGAAGCUGUCUCCAUCCGACCCAGACCACAAUUAUCAUACCCAGUUAUCCGACUCGUGUUUCGACCUCUCCGACUAUGAGGACAUGUAUCUUCAUGUUUCGUACUCUGGCAGUAACAAGUUUUCCAUCUCGAUUUAUCAGAAUAACGGAGACUGCAAUGCAGAUCGGGCACCGUAUCCCGGCACCUCGGACAGUGUUGAAGCGUCUCGCUAUGCUGUCGACGACGAGGAUAUUUACGUCCCCCUGUCACAUUUCUACAUUGACCUUACGCUUGCUUCAUCGAUAGCCUUUCACGGGUUUUAUACACGAGAAAACGUUUACCUUCGACACGUCGAGAUUGUGGAAGAAAUACCAGAAGAUGUCGAGAUUCCUCGCAAGUUGCCCACGGGAACACUAGUUCUCAACUGCAAACGGCCAGACUCGUUUGCGUUUGGCAUCGACGACGGAGACCCCCAGCUGGCUCAAGAAGUCAUGGAUAUUCUUGAGGAUGAGGGGAUUAAGGUCACGUUUUUUGUGGUUGGGAAGGGGAUUAUGGACGAAAGUACGAAUCUGACGAAUGUGUAUGCGGAGAUGCUACGGAGGGGGCAUCAAGUUGCUCUUCAUUCGUAUACGCACCCAAAAAUGGAAGGACUCCGGGCGGUGGACGAUAUUGAUUUUGAGAUUAUGGAUGGGUAUUACGCCGUUGAGGAUCUUCUUGGAGUUCAGUCACGAUACUUUCGUCCGCCAUAUGGUACUGUCGGGGCGCGCAUGAGACAACGGCUUGCAGCUCUGAUCGAUGACCCGUACAUAGUCAACUGGAGCGUGGACAUUGAAGACUGGCUCUGGGCCAACAGCGACCAUCCCGAGAAACAGCUGGCCGCAUUCCGCCGCGACGUGGCUCGAGGGGGGGAUAUAGUGGUGAUGCACUAUCUGACCUGGUCGACGGUGCAGUAUUUCCGCGAGGUGAUCCAGGUGGCGCGAGACACGGGCAAGCAGAUUAUGCGAGUCGAUCAGUGCAUGAUGGACCCGGACGCUCCGCCAUUACCUGAAGACGAGGAGGCGUGGAAUAUGCAGGCGCAGAAUAUACUGCGAGUGGGUGGUGGUUAG